CUCACCCGAAUCCCACGCUUUCACUAGCACACUCUUGUCUGUCUGAGACAUUUCAAACAUCCUCACUAAACCGAACGAUGCCGUUUCUUUCCCGCCUUGUUCACCGGUUCUCCACCGUUGCCACCCCCACUCCCAAAAUCAGUUCCAUCAUCCGUCAGUUGUACAGAGAAAAAGAUCUCGAACGACUGGUGGAUAAGUUUAAAAAAUCCUCCGACCUUGAACGUUUCCGCACCAAAGGGGGCAUUUACAAGGACACGGUUCGCCGCCUGGCCCAUGCUAAACCCUUUGAAUAUGUAGAAGAGAUUCUGGAACACCAAAAACAGUACAAAGACGCGUCUAAAGAAGGGUUCUCCGUCCGCCUUAUAUCUCUGUAUGGGCAAGCUGGCAUGUUUGAAAAUGCUCACAAGCUGUUCGAAGAAAUGCCUGAACGAAAUUGCAAGCAAACGAUUUUUUCGUUUAAUGCCCUCUUGGGCGCAUGUGUUAACUCCAAGAAAUUUGAUAUGGUUGAUGGGUUGUUUUCAGAUUUGCCAAAGAAGUUGGGGAUAGAGCCUGAUCUGGUAUCUUAUAACACGGUUGUUAAGGCCUAUUGUAAGAUGGGUUCAUUUGAUUCAGCGACUAAGUUGCUUGAUGAGAUGGAGAAGAAGGGUGAGAACCCGGAUAGGAUCACGUUUAACACACUUUUAUAUGCUUUUUACAAUAAUGGACGGUUUGCGGAUGCUGAAAUGAUAUGGCAAAGAAUGGUGGAUAAGAUUGUUACACCUGAUAUUAGGAGUUAUAAUGCCAAGUUGAAUGGGUUGGCAAUUGAGAAGAAAACAAAAGAAGCUGUCGAGUUAGUUGAAGAGAUGCGGAACAAGAAAAUUAAGCCGGAUGUCUUUAGUUUCAAUGCUGUGAUAAAGGGGUUUGUUAAUGAAGGGAAGUUGGAAGAAGCUAAGCAGUGGUAUGAUGAUAUUGAGAAGAGUGAUUGUGUCAUAAACAAAGGGACUUUUACAAUACUCGUUCCCUUUGUUUGUGAGAAAGGUGAUUUGGAGUUAUCUUUUGAACUCUGCAAGAAGAUUUUGAGUAGGCGGUGCCUUGUUGAUCAGGAAUUGUUGCAGCUUGUUGUGGAUUCUUUGGUUAAGGUAUCCAAGAUUGAGGAGGCAAAAAAGUUGGUGGAGCUUUCGAAGACAAUUAAUUACUGUGAGUACAAUCUGAAAUUAUCUUCAGAAAAGUGAUGCGAUGUCUUUUUAAGCUUUUGUUCUUCUGUUUAUUUUCUUAUAGAUUAGAUCCUUGUGAGGUUUUAGCUCCUUUAGUAUCACUGCCAAAUUUGUGGAAGUAUGGCAUUGAUUUUUUCUCCAUGUUUUGGAUAUCCAUACUGAUGCGGAACUGUUUUAAUGUUUGAGGAAGGUGAAUGCAAACGUAUGCCUU